AUGAAGGCUACCCGCAAAGAUCAAUCCAAAUAUUGUAGGUUCCACCGGGACUACGGUCACGACACAGAGGACUGCCACGACCUCAUGAAUCAGAUAGAGGCACUAAUCCGAAGAGGCCAUCUCGGAUGCUACCUCAAAUCCCGGGAGGCGACUCCACCCCCCAGAGGACCCCCCGAGAGACAGAUCGAUGUUAUCUCUAGCGGGCCAGUAGCCGGCGACAAUAGCAUGGUAGCAAGAAAGGCCUACGCACAUAGCAUGGUGGAGAAGCGCCCCCGGCCCGAGCACGAGCCUAAAAUUACCUUUGGGGCAGGAGGGGUCGAGCGCUCCCACCAUGACGAUGCUCUGGUGAUCUCCAUCCAGAUAGCCAACGCCCGAGUUAAGAGGGUGAUGGUUGACACUGGGAGUUCUGUUGACGUUCUCUACUUAGAUGCCUUCAAGAGGCUUGACUUGACCAAGGGAGAUCUUACCCCUUUGGCAUCAGCACUUAAAGGGUUUACUGGGGGUCCAUCUCCCUGCUCGGGACCACAGUACUCCCCAUCACCCUCGGGGAGGAGCCGAAAGAGAAAACAAUAA